AUGGAGGCUGAUGGAAGGGAACCUGAGAGGAGGUCCACCCUAGAUCCCCUGCUGGUCCAGAGGCUGGUGCCUUUCUUUGUCUCCUGCGCCCUUUACUUCUUCCUCUGGGUGCCCUCACAGGAACCCAGCUGGACCAGCGCCCUGGCCAAAUGCCUCCCCAUCCACUUUCUGGCUCUCUUUGUCCACAGCAACGCCCCAUCAGGGACCUAUGGCCGAUUCAUCUGGCUAGGUCUCCUCUGCUCCAUCUUGGGGGACAUUUUCGUCACCUGGCCUGACCAUUUCCUCGUUGGUAUGGUAGCCUCUGCCUUGGCUCAUCUCUUCUACAUCAAGGCCCUGGGCUGGCUCCCGACGCGCCAGGCCUUCCUAAAGUCUGUGAUGGUCAUCUUUCUCCUCUACUUUGGACCCCUGCAGCCUCACCUCCCUUCCCAGUUGAGUCUCCCCGUGGUUGUCUAUGCGGCUGUCCUGUGUCUGAUGCUGUGGCGGGCGCUGGUCCGAGGGAGAUCUGCGGCACUUAGUGGCCUGUUCUUCAGCAUCUCACACGGCCUCAAGGCCUGGACCACCUUCUUCUGGCCCCUGCCUGCAAGCCAGAUGAUCAUCAUGUUCACCUACUACACUGCCCAAGCCGUGCUGGCUCUGUCAGCAGUGGAGCGCAGGGCCCCCCAAGAUGACUGA